AUGAAAUAUUCUCCGAUUUUUCGCUUGUGCGGCGAAAACAAUUUGUAUAUUGCUACGUCUUCCUAUGAACAUAUGUUUUCGUGGCGAAUGAAAGAGAAGCGAAGAUAAAGAACAAAAUGUGUAAAUGAUGAACCUUAUAAAGAAGUAAACAAUGCAAAUAUAAUUUUUUUAGUGAACGAUUAUAAGGUUCCAAGUGUCCUACGCUUCAUUUAAUCGUUUUAAUCUUUAAAAGAAAUGGGUGGAUUGUGUUCUUGUUGUAGCAAUAAUGCGGACGAGACUAAUUUGAUGCCUUCGCCGGAAACUCGAAGACGGCAACAACUUGAGGCAGCCGAGAGACGUCGUUUUGAGAACGAACAUCGCGGCGUUAAAGAUCUGGAACGUGUUAAGCAGCAACAAUUGCGUAGUGAAGCGAAACAACGACGUCUAGAAGAAGCCGAACGUGCGGCUAAUUCGGGACCACCGACAUUAAAAUGGCAAAGCAAUUAGAUUUGUUCAAAGCACAUAUCAACAAAAAAUGAUGUUUAUCCACAAAUCUUAAUUCGUUGAGAUAAAAAAAAAAUACUUUGAUAUUAUAUUCGCUUAUAUGUGAAGCCUAAUUUAUUUAUACGCAAGUAGUUGGAAAAAAACAAAUUCAUUUAUUUUUUUAUAUAUUUACAAUUGCGGUAACGCAACAACUGCCUUACACAGUGAAGCGUAUAUGUAAAAUGAUGUCAUGUAAAGUAUAAGCUUUUUUACAUGUCUUUAUAAAACAAAUCGAUACCAAAAACUCAAACAAAGAAUUCAAUUUUCGUAAUAAAAAUGGAUAAAAGUAUUAAAUAUUGUUACCAAUAAAUUAGCUGCAU